AUGGACCCCGUGGCGCCCGCGCUGCCGGCUAGCGGCGAUGGGACGAUUGCCGCCGCGGGGGGGGAGGAGGAGGUGGAGGGCGCCGCUGCCGCCGCCGAGGCGGGCCGCCGCGCUCCGAAGACCCUAAUUGUUGCCGAUCCUUCAGCGACGCGCCAUACCGACACCGGGCACAGUUCGCAGCCACUUGCUGCGUCCGCCGGAGCUUCGGAUUCUACUUACAGCGGCGCGGACGCGGAGGAUGCGGUGGCAGGAGGGGGCUCUGGGGCGGCGGAGGCGAGCGCGGCGGCCACGGCCGAGGAGGACAAGCGCGUCCGGGCGCUGAGGAUUGCCCUGCAGCACAGGACGCAGAUGCCCGUGACGGACGAGGAGGCCCGGGCUAUCCUCCAGGCGCGAGGGGGUCGCGAGACGCCCGUGACGGAGGAGGAGGCGCGGGUCAUCCUUCGGGCGCGGGGGGACGUCGGGCACGGCAGGGCUACCUUUCAGGCGCGGGCGCGCGGGCGCGGUGGGCGCGCCACGGCAUCGCCGGCGCUGGCGAGCAAGGGCGGCGAGAAGCUAUCGCGGCGUGGGAAGAAGGCGGUGGCGAAGGAGGCGGGCGAGGUGGUAUCACGCGAGGAAGGCGAGGCGAUUUAUCGCGCGACGCUCGAGUCGCUGUUGGCGUCCACCGGGUGGACGCCGCGCGCCGCGGAGGAGAGGGCGCGCGAGGAGCAGCGUGCGCAUGUUCGGCAGAUGCGCUGGGCAAGGGAGCACGGCCGGGGGGAGCCGGUCCGGUGCUUUGACGCGGAGGAGUACGACGAAGGCGACGACGCUUUCGACGCGCUCUUCGACGGGGGCUCGGGGUACGGGUGGGAUUCCCCCUCGGGGGGCGGCGCUUUCUUCUAG